UCACUGUCAUUAUUCAUUUGCGUCAAGUUCGCGUCAAUGGCGUCAAUUACUUGUUAAUAAGAUUUUUUUUUGGAAAAAUAUUACGUAGGUUCAUUCCUCGUAUCUGUAGGUAUUUGUUUGCCAAUCGAUUUUCGUAGAAAUUAAACAAAGUAUUCAUACGAUAUAUUGUUAAAUAAGCUUCAUUAUAAAUCAUAAAAUGGGAAAAAAAGGUGUUGUGGCAUUUGUGAAAGAUUUUUACUAUGACCCCUUCAAAUGGUCGGUUGUCAAGAGUGUUGGUUUCUUCGCAGUCGGAGUGAUAAUCGCUAGCGAGUGCACAGGCUUAGAGCCCAUGCCUGCCAUUCCACAAUAAAUUUAAAAAAAAGUUUAUUUUUUUAAGAACACAAUGUUAAAGUAUUUAUUUUUAUUGUUUGUGGCACAAACUGCACUGUGUGAAAGGAGACCCAAUUUCGUUAUUAUAUUAACUGAUGAUCAAGAUGUUGUUUUGGAUGGUAUGAGCCCGAUGAAAAAUGUGCAAAGGUUUAUUGCUGAUGAGGGAAUAACAUUCACUAAUUCAUUCGCUGCCUCCCCUGUGUGUUGUCCAAGUCGCUCAAGUCUCCUCACAGGGUUGUACCUCCACAAUCAUAUGACUAGGAACAACAGUUUGGAUGGCGGUUGCUACGGAGAGCGCUGGCGAGCGAACGAAGGAAGAGUGUUCGCGAACACGCUUCAUACGGCUGGAUAUAAUACUUUUUAUGCUGGAAAAUAUUUGAACCAGUAUGGCAUAAAACAUGCUGGUGGAACUGAGCGAGUGCCCCCAGGAUGGACCGAAUGGCACGGACUGGUCGGCAACUCAGUUUACUAUAACUACACUCUGUCUAACAACGGAGUUGCUACACAUUCCACAGACUUGUAUCUCACUGAUGUUAUUCGAGACCUCGGCAUCAGUUAUAUUGAAAAUCAAACGGAAUCACAGCCGUUUUUCAUGGUUCUUGCACCCCCCGCCCCGCACGAGCCCUUUACCCCUGCGCCGAGACAUAAAGGAAAGUUCAGUAAUGUUACAGCGGUGAGGCAUCCUAACUUCAACAUUGCUGCUGAUGACAAACACUGGCUGUUAACAAUGCCCCCCUCCCCCCUCCCCGAUUCGAUGUUGCCAGAACUGGACAACGUGUACCGAUCUCGAUGGGAGGCAUUAUUGUCUGUGGAUGAGAUGGUCGCGGACGUGGUACAAGCAUUGUAUGACCAAGAUCUGAUGGAGAACACAUACGUUAUUUAUACGUCGGAUAAUGGAUAUCAUAUUGGUCAAUUCUCUCAACCAUACGACAAGCGGCAGCCCUACGAAUCGGACAUACGCGUGCCUUUCGUGAUCCGAGGGCCUGACCUCAAGAAGAACGUCAAAAACCAUCAGCCAAUAACAAACGUAGAUUUAGCACCGACUAUUCUGAAGCUUGCUGGUGUGAAAGGACCCCAAAUGGACGGAAAACCUAUAGAUUUCGAACAAGCCGUGGUAGAAAGAUAUUUGCUAGUGGAAUAUUAUGGAGAAAGUGGCGGGUCUGUGGAUGAGAAUUGUCCCUGGGUGUAUGAUAAAGAGAAUCUUGAGCUCUGCUCACCAAAAGCCGACUGCAAAUGUCAAGACUCCAGAAACAAUACGUUCGCGUGUGUGCGUCACAUCGCAAAACUAGCAGAUAUGAAGUACUGCGCAUUCGCUGACCAAAAGGCAUUCGUGGAAAUGUACAAUUUGGCAAGCGACCCCUUUGAGUUGGAGAACAUAGCGAAUGAAGAGUUUCAGUCUAUUAUUAUUUGGUACGAAAAAGCGUUAGCCCACUUGGUCAAAUGCAAGGGUGCUGAUUGCAAAUAUCCGAUCUAAUUUGUGACCAAAAACAUAUUUGUGAUUUUAUGAAGUGUUUCUUGAGCGUGAACAUAUUAUAAAUAUAGUACCUAUAUUGCACAAAUUCAUAUAUAUUAUAAAUAUAUAAUGUUACUUUCACUAUCAAGGGAUAUUGUGUGUUAAGUAGGUUUACUUCGGACAGAUAACUCAAAGAGUGGGCCGUUGGGUAUAAAAGCUACAUGUAAAUUUAGACAUUCCAUGUGAAAAUAUAUGUAGAUUUAUCAGUGUUCGAAAAUCUCACGGAAGCAAACCACGUGUUUUACUUAAGUAACGAAAAUAAAUGAUGUUCGAGAAUA